GUGUCUAUAUAACCCGUGAGUUAGGGAUAAAACAAACCGAUCAAGUUUUCAGUGGGGGAAGCUACUAGAAACAGCUGCGCGACGAUGAGGAAGUGGACGAUCUCUUCCGCUCUGCUUCUCCUAUGUCUUCUCUCUCUUCUUCCCGAUCAAGGGCGGAAAUUGCACGCUAAUGCUGAAGGUAAUUCCGAUGAAGUUGCAAAUCCACCAAAGGUUGAAGAGAAGAUCGGUGCUGUUCCAAAUGGAUUAUCCACAGACUCUGAUGUCGCUAAGAGGGAAGCAGAGUCCAUGUCCAAGAGGUCUCUCCGCAGCAAUGCAGAGAAGUUUGAGUUUCAGGCGGAAGUGUCUAGGCUCAUGGAUAUUCUUAUUAACUCUCUUUACAGCAACAAAGACAUUUUCUUGAGGGAGCUCAUCUCUAAUGCUUCCGACGCACUAGACAAGAUUAGGUUCCUUUCUCUCACUGACAAUGAUAUUCUGGGUGAAGGUGAAAGCUCAAAGCUUGAUAUCCAGAUUAAAUUAGACAAAGAAAAGAAAAUCCUUUCAAUCCGAGAUAAAGGUAUAGGGAUGACAAAGGAGGAUCUGAUUAAGAACUUGGGAACCAUUGCAAAAUCUGGAACUUCAGCUUUUGUAGAGAAAAUGCAGACAGGUGGAGAUCUUAACCUUAUUGGGCAGUUUGGUGUUGGGUUCUACUCCGUCUAUCUUGUUGCUGACUAUGUUGAAGUCAUUAGCAAGCAUAAUGAUGACAAACAGUAUGUAUGGGAGUCAAAGGCCGAUGGAUCAUUUGCAGUUUCUGAGGAUGUAUGGAAUGAGCCAUUAGGUCGUGGAACAGAAAUCAAAUUGCAUCUUAGAGAUGAAGCUGGAGAAUACUUGGAAGAAACCAAAUUAAAAAAUCUAGUGAGGAAAUAUUCGGAAUUUAUCAAUUUCCCCAUAUAUAUCUGGGCAAGCAAAGAAGUGGAAGUCGAGCUUCCUGCAGAUGAAGAUGAGUCAAAUGAGGAAGAGGAAAAACCUGAAAGCAGCUCUUCCGAGGAAGAAGGGGAAGAUGAAGAUGAAGAUGAAGAUGCCGAGAAAGGGGAAGAUGAAGAUGAAGAUGCUGAGAAGAAAGGGCCUAAGAUAAAGAAGGUGAAGGAAACAAGUUACGACUGGGAGCUUUUGAAUGACGUGAAGGCUAUAUGGUUACGGAAUCCAAAGGAGGUGACAGAUGAAGAGUACACAAAAUUCUACCACACUCUAGCAAAGGACUUUGGUGAUGAGAAGCCUUUUGCUUGGAGUCACUUUUCAGCUGAAGGUGAUGUUGAGUUCAAGGCUGUUUUGUUUGUGCCUCCUAAGGCUCCUCAUGAUCUGUAUGAGAGUUAUUACAACACCAACAAGUCCAACUUGAAGUUGUAUGUAAGACGAGUCUUCAUCUCAGAUGAAUUUGAUGAUCUUCUACCAAAGUAUCUAAGCUUUUUGAAGGGUCUUGUUGAUUCUGACACAUUGCCACUUAAUGUAUCACGAGAAAUGCUUCAACAACACAGCAGUUUGAAGACAAUCAAGAAGAAACUCAUCCGAAAGGCCCUCGAUAUGAUUCGUAAAAUUGCUGAUGAGGAUCCUGAUGAGUCUAGUGACAAGGACAAGAAAGAUGUUGAAAAAUCAGGCGAUGAUGAGAAAAGAGGUCAAUAUGCAAAGUUCUGGAAUGAGUUUGGCAAGUCCAUCAAGCUUGGCAUAAUUGAAGAUGCAACAAACAGGAACCGUUUGGCAAAACUUCUCAGAUUUGAGAGCACAAAGUCUGGUGGGAAAUUAGCUUCACUAGAUCAGUACAUUUCAAGAAUGAAGCCAGGCCAAAAGGAUAUCUUCUACAUUACUGGGACCAGCAAGGAACAACUGGAGAAGUCUCCAUUCCUCGAGAGGCUCACAAAGAAAAAUUAUGAGGUUAUUUUCUUCACAGAUCCAGUGGAUGAGUACCUGAUGCAAUACUUAAUGGAUUAUGAAGACAAAAAAUUCCAAAACGUUUCCAAGGAAGGCUUGAAACUUGGGAAGGACUCAAAAGACAAAGACCUUAAAGAGUCAUUUAAGGAACUGACCAAAUGGUGGAAGGGUGCUCUUGCAAGUGAGAAUGUGGAUGAUGUGAAAAUCAGCAGCCGAUUGGCUGAUACCCCUUGUGUGGUUGUGACGUCCAAGUAUGGUUGGAGUGCAAACAUGGAGAGGAUCAUGCAAUCACAGACUCUGUCAGAUGCUAGCAAGCAGGCAUAUAUGCGAGGCAAAAGGGUGCUUGAGAUCAACCCUAGACAUCCAAUCAUCAAGGAACUUCGGGAGAGAGUGGCAUUGAACCCUGAGGAGGAGAAUGUAAAGCACACAGCACAGCUCAUGUACCAAACAGCUCUCAUGGAAAGUGGCUUCAUGCUCCCUGACCCUAAGGAUUUUGCAUCCCGGAUCUAUAGCUCAGUGAAGUCCAGUCUUAACAUCAGUCCUGAGGUUGCAGUCGAAGAGGAGGAGGAUGUAGAAGAAGCAGAGGUAGAAAAUGAAACAAAAGACACAGACACAACAUCAACUCCAGAGGGCGAAACGGGUAGUGUAACAGAUGAUGCAGAUGCCAAGGAUGAGUUGUAGAUUUUGCCUACACGGUUAUUAAUCUUUACACCUGUGGGAUUAUUUUUUUUUUUCUGUAUUCCAGUCCAAUGAGAGAAUCCAGAAAUGUAAUGCUGCAUCCUUUUGUGUUUGGUGUUUGUGAGAGGAGGAUGGAUCCAAAGACAUGGGAGAUUGUUAGAUUGAUCCGGAAGGGGGUCACUGUAAUCGGUCAUCAGGAUUUUGCUUCAUGCACCAAAGUAAUUAGUUGUUGCAAGGAUAAUGUUAUUUAGUACGCUCUACUCCAA